AUGGAGACUACAGAAGAAGGGAGUAUAUACAUUCCAAUCCCACAUUACCCACCCUUCAAAUUACGUUCCUCUUUAAUUGAUAAAGAUCCAGUAAUAUGGGUUCAUUUACUUGAAGCAUAUAUCAAACUUAUUGAAUAUUUAUUAGAUCCCAAUUCUGCCAAACUCUCAGUUAAAUCGCAACAACAACUUCAAUUAUUUCUUAAAGUAUUCCUUAGUGAGACAUGUGAGGAAGAAACGAAGAUAUUUUCAUUAGGUGCAAUAAAUCCUGAUAUUAAACAAAAUACAACCAUUCUUCGGGUUUAUGUUUUUCAAUUAAUUAAGAAUUAUAGUUUUGUUAAAUUGAAUUUAACCGGAGAGGCAAUAUGGCAUUUUGUUAGAAUAUAUGGUAAGACUAACAUUAAUACUGUUAGAGGAUUAGUGGAUGGGACAUAUAAAUCGAAAUUUAAUGAUAAUAAAAAAUCAGGAAAUAUUUCCACCAUUGGAUCGGUUCAAAAGCAUCUUGAGACUUUGAUUAUUAAUGGGAAGUUAAGCCAAGAUGAUUUGGAAUGUUUAUCUACUUUGUUAGGACAACAUACUGCAUCGGUCAAAACAACUGUAUCUAUCGGGUCUGCCAAUGCAGUCACCCGCAGGAAACAGGGAAAUAAAUCCGGCCAGUCGUCGUUGGCAUUUGCUGAGAGUUUCGUAGAUCUGAAAUGGAUAGAAAUAUUGGAAAAGCAUUAUGUUGGAGGUAAGGGUGUUUUUGCGGAUGUUAUAAAACAAGUCAUGAUCAUAUCUGUCAUUUCAUUGUCUACUGCUAAAUUGGCAGCAUUGACAAUGGAAUUGGGUAUUUCCUCACUCCAAGCAUUACAAGCAUCGCCAUUAUUCAGUUCAAUUAUCAUAUCGGAGGCAUACAAGGAAUUAAUCCCCAAUUUAGAAGAGAGAUUACCAUUUUUAAGAAAUGUAAACUUCAAUGACGAAGACGACGAAGAAGAAGAAUAUGAGGAUGAUGAUGAUGAUGGAUUUGAACAAAACAUAGAAGGAAUCUCACUAUUGAUCGACCUCUUUCCCCAAAUGACUGACUCUCAAGCUAAAACCAUCCUCAAACAAAACAACGGAGACGUGGAACACGUCACUAACAUGUUAUUAGAAAACCCAGACAUUAUCUCCACCAUCCCCGAACGUCUUCCCAAACCACCUAAAUCCAAACCCAAACCAAAAUCCAAUCCUCAAAUCACCAUCAAAUCGAAAUCAAAACAACCAAUCGCGCCAAAACGGUCAAUUUAUGACGAUGACGAGAUUUCAAAAGGUGAUUUCUCCGGCACGACAGUCAUAUUUGGAAAGCAAUCCCACUCUAAACAACUCGACCCCACUAGUGAAGAGCUUAAGAAGAAGACCCUUAAUGCUGCAUUGAGAUUAAUGUAUGAGAGUGAUGAGGAUGAGCCUGAUGAUACCUAUGAUGAUCAGGAGAAGAUGAAAGGAGUGGCAAGCGGAGUCAAUGAUGAUAGUGAAGCUAGGAAGGGGAAGGCUGGGGCUAAGAUGCGUGUUCUCGAGGAUGAUGAUAGCGGUAGUGGUAGUAGUAGUAGGAGUGGAAUUGGGGAAGGGAUUGAUGAGAGAGAACGGUAUUUGUUUGGGAUUUUUAAGACUCAAGGUACUGGGUCAUUUGAGAAAUCUGCUAGGAAAUCGAGUGGGAGACAGGCACUUAAGAAGAGUACUAGUUGGUCUGAUGAGCAGAUUGAAGGAUGGUUGAGGAUGUUGAUUAAAUCGCCGAGGAGGUUUAAGAUAUUGGAAGAGGAUUUCUUUUAUGGUGGUGGAAAUCCGAAUAGACGUGCUCGUAAGAAUGUCCAGCAGCAGGAGCAAAACCAAGUACAGCAACAACAACCACAGAAGAAAACACAGCAAAAGGUUGAUAAUGAUGAAGUUGAUAAGAGUGAAAAGAAACAAAACUCUAAGAAAGAACCUAAAGAUAGCAACAAGCAGUUUGGAAAUGAAGGUGAGAAGAAACCACCCAAGUCAAAAGAGGCAUCUAAACGUUCUAAUGCCAGGAAUGAGAAGAAUAAGGCAAGUAAAGCCAAUCAUAAUCGAAAGAGUCAACAUGAUAAAAAGAACAUGAGUGGAUUAUAA